UUUUCCGCAUUUCGUACAAAAACCGAAAAACAACUGUUCUCAUUUCUGGAGCUUUUUUGCUUGCUGGUCCUGCGUGACGUUUUUUGCGUUUGACAGAUUGUGGAAAUCAUUUUCCUUCCGUCAACCGAGAAAUAUGGAAGGAAAAGCUAUGAAAAUUGUAAACAGUCAUUGCAGUAGUUUGAUGGAAAGGUACACUCAGUGUGUGGACAGGUAUCCAAAUCAAUGGUACACGGCUUGUUCCUACCAGCGGCAUGAGCUUGCUCGGUGUUCUGAAACUCAUCCUGUGAUGUUGAAGGUAAAAACGAGGUGCAACACCCUUUUUCGUAACUACGAAAGGUGUCAAAAAGCUUACCCAGAAGAUGUCUCACGCUGCAGUUCAGGCUUUAAUGCCUUCCUGAAUUGUGUUGAAAAUGUAGCAAAUGAUGCAUCUGCUUCUUGAGAUCUGUGGACUUAGGAUUUAACAAUUGUAUGGGUCAGUUUUAAUUUAUUUCAACAUUUAGAUAUCCUUCAUUUGGGUAGCUUUGCCCUCUUUCCUAGACAAAUUGUUUAUUUUACAAAUUGUUAACUUUAGUGUUGGAAUAUUGAAGGCUGGUGAUAUGGACAAAAUGUUUUGAAUUGUAUACAUUAGUCAUAUUUAUUAUGGAGUGCUUAUGGAAAGUAUAUUUCACUUGUAUAUAUGGACACAUUUAUUUUGUUAAUAAAAAAUAAUUAAACCCUU